GCACUUGGUGGGCGUGUGCGUAUGUGUGUGCGGUUGGAGGGCGUACGUUCCGCGUACAGACGUGUACCAAACCAGGCAAUCAUUUACAGCUGAGGAUGUGUGCUAAACUCUACCACGGAGCGCCUCCAUCGUGGAUCUUGGCUUCCAUGUCCUCCCCGUGUCCUCAUUGACCCUGUGGUACAAUCCAACAGCCACAGUAGGACAAAGGGAACUAUAUCAAAGGGUCAGUUCAACAAAUCAAGUAUUUGUACCCAAAGCGCCAACCACUUCGGGCCGAUGUGGUGGGGUCUAUGGCUCAUGGACCUGUUCUGCUUUAUGUGUCUACUCCGAUCAGCGAUACUCCAGGUCACUCUGUCCCGCACGUUCCCAGACGAACUUUCUCUACUGGAUCGUGUAUAUGUUAAUUUUGAAAACAAGAACUUACAUUCGCUCAGACACUUUAAACCCCGGAUUCGCCCCAUCAGAUCCGCUUCCAGCUUAUCACAAUUGGCCGAUCCGUUUAAGCCGGUUGAUACCGCAGAGGUUAGGAGACACGAAUCACCACCCCAGUUAACCAGUGACGUGGCAGUAGCCGAGCGGUCAGGAAAAGCAGGACAGCCUGUGAAAUACCAUACGGCUUUUAAUGCACCGAUUACACUGCGGAACGGCGACGGCAACGUUGUGGGAGAGCCGGAACACUCCCUCCGACCGGAAAAGUGUGUGCCUAUUGAGAUUCCGCUGUGUAAGAACAUUGGGUACAACCUGACUUACAUGCCUAAUGCAUUUCACCACGAAACUCAAGAGGAGGCCGGACUGGAAGUUCACCAGUUUUACCCACUGGUCGAAAUCAACUGCUCAGAAGAUCUCCGGUUGUUCUUGUGUAGUAUGUACACCCCGAUUUGCCUUCCGAACUGGCAUUAUCGACUAACUCCGUGUCGUUCGCUGUGUGAAAGCGCCAGGGACGGCUGUAUGCCUGUGAUGGGCACCUAUGGUUUUGCGUGGCCAGAGCGAAUGAACUGCGCUCUGUUUCCCGAAGGGAGCGAAUGCGUCAGUCGUCGAACCUCUACAGACUCCACCGUAGCCACUCAGACAAAAGAGCAAGCUCCCUACAAACCACAUUUGUCGGAACAAUCAAGACGCGCCGGUGCAAAAUACAAGGGAGAGAGGAAAGCACACCAGAAUGCAACCGGAAACUUCCCGUCAUCACAGGAUCUAUUAAGUGCUCUAUCACAGGGCCGUGUGUCUGACAAAGUAACUAAGGCGCUGUUGGAGCUGCUUGAGCGGGAUGAAGAGCUUCGAAAAGCAACGAUAUACAUGAAGUCUCAAAUUGAUCCAUCUGACACGGAUCAAUUUCCCUCUAUCUGCCUGCCCUGCCGAUGCCGAGACCCCUUCGUCAUGACCAGCAAGCCACCUUACAAUGAGGUAGUUACAGGGGGUGUGAAAGGAUGCCUUUCAUCCUGCAGAAACCCCGCUUUCUCCGCUAAGUCGGAUCAAACGUUCACCACCUUUUGGCUAGGACUAUGGGCUGUUCUGUGUGUUCUGUCCACUUUGGCUACUGUGGCAACAUUUCUUGCUGAUUCCGCUCGAUUCCAAUAUCCGGAACGUCCGAUUAUCUAUCUUUCCGCCUGUUACCUUAUGGUGGCACUUGGCUACCUAGUUAGGGUGAGUUUAGGACAUGAGUCAAUUGCCUGCGACGGAGCAACACUGCGAAGAGGAUCAACUGGCCCCGCCCAAUGCAGCAUUGUGUUUUUGUUCACGUAUGUCUUCGGUAUGGCUUCUUCCGUGUGGUGGGUAAUUUUGACAUUGACCUGGUUUCUGGCUGCUGGUUUGAAGUGGGGAAGCGAGGCAAUUGCAAACUAUUCCCAGUUGUACCACUUCCUCGCCUGGUUCUUCCCUGGAGCUCAAGCAGUUUUGGUACUCAUCAUGUCGGCAAUCGAUGGGGAUCCAGUUGGUGGCCUGUGUUACGUUGGUUCAACCGACUUAACGAAUCUACGUCUUUUUGUCCUGGCUCCCAUGUGUGUUUAUCUAGGUUUGGGUACAGUGUUCCUUUUUGCCGGAUUCAUAGCACUGUUCAAAAUUCGCAGCGCGAUCAAACUACAGGCUCGUGGACAUCUGAAAACGAAUAAACUUGAAAAAUUAAUGAUCCGCAUUGGAAUCUUUGGUGUGUUAUACACAGUGCCUGCGACUGUUGUUAUUGGAUGCAUUUGUUAUGAGUUGGCAAACCGUGAAACAUGGAAUCGCGCACAUAACUGUCCUUGCAUUCCCUUGUCAAAGCUAAAUGACAAAUGGUUCGACAGCUUUUCUGAGGAACUACCUACCAUGCUUAGCAACACUGUCACUCCACACCGCACUGCGGAAGUUGGCACCGACGCAAACAGAGCGGAUGAAGCCGUAUUUCGAUUUCAUCAACACCCGCUAUCAGGUUCAGAGCACCCCGAACAUGCAGUGUUCAUGCUUAAAUACUUCAUGUCCCUAGUGGUUGGUAUUACUUCCGGAUUUUGGAUCUGGUCUGGCAAAACUUUGGACUCAUGGCAGUCAUGUUUUCGACGAUUGGUUAGUAGGCAGUGGAAUACCAAGGCCAAGUCAUUUCCUGGUUUAAGUGCUCCCAUUUUGGGGCCGGUAAACCAUGCUACUGCUAGCCGAGUUCCCGGACUCACUUGUUCUGGGGGGUGGAACGAUGAUCAUUCUAAGCUGUGGACUUCCCUAGGAACUGUCGGGUGUGCUACAUGGCAAGAAGAUUUCGCUCCGACUUCACGACUUUUACCACAACCCCCACCGGUCGAUUUGAACUGCAACCGUUCGAUGGGUGGGCAUCUGGGAGUAAAUGGUGUUAUAGGUGGUUCUGGAGGUUCUUCCACAGGAGCACAAACGGCUACGGGGUUGCCCAGAAUUCAGCAUCAUAAUGGCUCGUAUUCAAGCGGACCAGUUGAGCCCCCCACUGUUGUGAAAGGUGUCAACUUUGUUCGCAAUAACUGUGGCAAUGGAUCCGGUGGACAGCCAUUGGAACCAAAAGCCAUUCACCCCAUGUCUUCGACACCAAUCACACAUAUUUAAAAGACAUCAAAGCUCACAGCAUACAUCGCUGUUGAUUGGAUCUCUCUGCUGCCUAUGGUGUGAGGCGGCUUCCCACUCAUUCGCUAAUCUAGCGCCAAAUGCAAGCAAACAGAAGUCAUAUGUACAGCAAAUACAAAGGUAUACAGGGUUCAACAUAGAGUAAUACGACAACCAGAUCAAUAUAAACGGUACUUAUCAGGACAAAAUUGAAUCAUCUGUACCAACUUGUCAAACGCUCACCAUCAUGCGGUCAGUUUCUAUAUUACUUUUCAAUGCACUCCGUUGUGAAUGAUUUGAAUGGUUACUUCGAAUGGCCUGGCGCUUUCGCCGCGCAACCUAAUGCAUUUGUGUUUGACCAAACAUAUUGUAAAUACUCGCACAUCGUCACCGCGUCUCCCUACUUUGCACUACAUCACCUUCUCUCCAGUUUUUUCACCUUGGAAUCCGAAAGGAAGAACACCGCCUUUGCAUGUGGCAGCCCUGACCCGCUUAUCAGUGCGAUAAAUCCAGUUCUCGCUUUUUUCUUUCCCCCUCUCAAUACGUCCAUAUAAUUUA